CUCGGGGGCUUGGGCGAUGCUUCCUUGGAUUUUUUUCUCCGACGGAAGCUCGCCUGACGCCUCAACACUCGGUGGCUCGUUGGUUAAUUUGCGUUGCUGCGUAGGCGCAUGGAGUAGCUCACGAAUGCUAUGGAUUGUGUAAUCCGCAAUUCUGCUGGAUUUUUACGAUUCAUACCAUAAUAAAGUUGGGUUUUUUUUUUCAGGUUUGCAACUGUUGUUUGGGAUUUCCUGACAGAUCGCUAUGCGAAAAUCUGAAGGAUUCUGAGGAAUUAUAGAGGAAUGGAUGAUACCCCACGAUUUGCAGAAGGAGGAGAUGACUGUGAGUUGGUGCUGCAGAAACAAGAAUGGGCCAAAACACAAGAGUUGCUCAAGAGCAAGCUCAUUCUUGAAGAUGAUUUCGAGUGGCAUUUACCUUCAAUGGGCUCAAAUUCAGAUCAGAGUAGUGCUAAGGGAAAUCUGAAGUACAUAGGAGGUGUCGACAUUAGCUUCUUGAAAGAAGAUCCUUCUAUGGCAUGUGCUGCACUGGUAGUUUUAGAUGCUGGUACCUUAGAAGUUGUCCACGAAGAUUUUGAUGUUGUUCGACUGCAAGUGCCAUAUAUUCCAGGAUUUCUUGCUUUCAGAGAGGCUCCAAUUCUUCUAGGACUCCUGGAAAAACUGAAGACAAACACUCAUCAUUUCUACCCUCAGGUACUCAUGGUUGAUGGAAAUGGAUUACUCCAUCCGCGAGGUUUUGGUUUAGCUUGUCAUCUUGGUGUCCUUGCUGACCUGCCGACCAUUGGAGUUGGAAAAAAUCUGCACCAUGUGGAUGGCCUUAACCAAUCUGAAGUGAGAAGACAACUAGAAGCAAAAGAAAACUGCAACAAGGAGUUAAUUUUAUUGACUGGACAGUCUGGGACAACAUGGGGAGCUGCGAUGCGCUCCUGCCCUAGUUCAUUGAAGCCGAUCUACAUCUCAGUUGGACAUCGCAUUUCACUUGAUUCAGCCAUUGGGAUAGUGAAGUUCUGUAGUAAUUAUCGUAUUCCUGAGCCCAUUCGCCAGGCUGAUAUAAGAUCAAAGGUGUUCCUUCAAAAGCACCAAAAACUGGAGCAGUGAAGAAGAAGAUUGAACUGGGACUCUUAUCUUCUGAGUCAAAUUCUGUGAAAAAAACAACUGAGGCAUUGCAACAUGAAGUACCUUUUCCACAACUCUUUCUAAUAGUAGUAGAUUUCACAUUGCACCAUCUUUCUUCUUUUCCUUGUUUUUACAUGGGGGGUGAUUGUCACUUGUCAGGUCAGUCUGGUUUGGAAAAUACACCUCUUUUCACAGUUGAACAAUCUGAAUCUGUUCAGUUGUUAUGUACGCACACUUGCUAGCAAAUUGAAUAAAAGAAUUGAAUUUAUGAUGCAAUAAUAUCGCUCU